AUGGACGUCAUCCUCCCUCACCGACUGGCCGGCGUCGAUCUCCGAACGAGUGAGUCUUUUGACUGUGAGGAAGCCUUUGGCCACGGCCCCUUCCAGAAAAGGAUGCUCGUUCUCAUUCUUCUGGGAAUCUUCUCGGCUAAUUGCCAAACCGUCGUGAUUCCCCUCGUCACCGGUGAUGUUGACCAUUGGUGCAAGCCGCUCACCGGUUUCAACAUCUCUGUGGCCGAUUGGAAGAAUAUUGCCAUACCGAUCGAGGCCGAUGGACGCUUCAGCCGCUGCCUCAUUUACGAGCGCUGCAAGCCACCCGCGGAACAUGGCAAUUCCGCUGAGCAUCAAAAGAGCGGCGCUGCUACCGGGACUGGCGGGUGGUACAACCGAUGCUUCCAGGACACCAAUGACACACGCGACGUGCCCUGUGAAGAGUGGGACUACGACGCUAGGACGGCCGAGACCAGUGCGGUGAGCUCUUGGAACAUGGUGUGCCACCAACGUUUGCUGCCGGCCGCCCUUGUCGCCCUGCAGAACACCGGUGCUGUUGUUUUCCUUAUCCUGGCUGGAGCUUUCGUAGACUGCGUCGGCAGGAGAGCCUUGCUGCUUGGCUCCGCAGCAGCGGUAGUCACCUGCACGGUGUGCACCUUCGCGGCGACGAAUUACGUGCGUUACGCUGUCGUGCGCUUCCUUACCGGGGGCAGUGUCGCCAUGUACACGAUUUUUACCAACCUGAUACCGUUCGAGGUGAUGACGCACGCCCACAGACCGCACCAAGUCCUACUCCUGGCGGUUCUGGGCCUGGCGUUUUGUGAGGUUUGGAUUGUCAUCGUCAAACCAUGGCCGUCGACUGGCGUCUGA